AGAAACCGACAAUUGCAUCCCCAUAUCACUCGCCUGCAAUCACGUUGACAGUCGCUGGGUUCUAGACUCCUCCUAUAUCACUGUGUAACCGAGCCAUCGUGUGCUCCCCUCCUGUUCAACACCAUGUCCUUCCAGCGCUCCAGUGCUCUCGAAUCGCAGCCUACAUCAUGGCGCCGGGAAGACGACACAGCCUACGCCGAUGACCCAGAGUUUCGCGACUUUGCUGACAAGCUGUCCGACGACCUCUUUGCCCUCACUCGCAAUGUCGCCCGCCUGUCGCAAGAGACAGCCAAGCUAGGAACCAAGCACGAGACAGCCCGUGUGCGCGAGCGCGUCAAGACAACCGUCGAGGAGACAUCGGACAAGUUCAAAGAGCUUGGCGAGGGUCUCAAGAAGAUCACCACAUGGCCGGACGUCGGGCCUUCGCAGAAAUUCACCCAGUCAAAGCUGCAGCGCGAGUUCAAAGCCUCCCUCACCGAAUUUCAACAACUGCAGAAGCAGGCGCUGGAAAAGGAAAAGCAGUCGGCACAAGCCGCUCGCACCGCCCUGCAAGACGCAACCUCGCCAAGCGAAGAGCGGGGAGACUACGGUCAGCACCAGUUGCAGGAGCAGGAGCAGCUGCGCCUCGCGAAUCAGGACGAGGUCGACUUCCAGGAAUCCCUCAUCAUCGAGCGCGAGUCUGAGAUCCGCAAUAUCGAACAGUCGGUCGGCGAGCUCAACGAGCUGUUUCGUGAUGUCGCACACAUGGUGCAUGAGCAAGGGGCCCAGCUCGAUAUCAUCGAGGAAAAUGUUGAGACGACGCAUGAUGCGUCGCGAGGCGCGCAUAUCAAUCUUAAGCAGGCCAGCAACUACCAGAAGAGUGCGAGGAGCAAGGCGUGCAUUCUGUUACUUAUCCUGGCUAUUGUCUUGGUCAUCAUCAUCCUUGCUGUUGUCUUGGACUAGAUGAUAACAACCUGCAUCUGUAUAAAUGGCCUUUCUUUUUUUUAACUCUUGUUGUCAAGGCGUUGAAUGGUAUAAUCGGGGAGGGGAUUCUGAUACCAUGGCGUAACGCAUUGUUUGCAGAUAUCCUUGCCUGGAGAGGGUUGCGUAUUUAUGAGUCGUACAGUUUAACCCACCUAAUUCAUGCGAUUAUUAUAU